CACAGCUAGAUCUUCUGCUGAUUUUAGAAAUGGACUAAAUUCUACAGAAAGUGAAGCCCUGGGAAAUGGUACACAGCCCCUUCUCUCUGGAAGUGGAGAAGAGACUGUUAAGCUAGAUUUCCUGUGGAUCCACGCAAGGUGCUAAUAGGAGCGGGCCAUCACAACUGGAUUGCAGCUGCAUAUGCCAAUUUUGCUGUGUUACAGAAUCAAAGAAUCUUCAGGAUGGCAACAAGUGUUUACAAGCCGGUAUUUGGAUUGGACUAUUGAACGAUUAGCUUUAAAUGCAAAGGUGGUUGGAGAUCCAUAUGGAGACAAAGACAAAAUGGUCACUGUUGCCUCAGAGAGCAGCAUCAUAUUGUGGAGUAUUCAAGAUGGGGGAAGUGGAAGUGAAAUGGGAGUGUUCAGCCUGGGUGUUCCUGUAGAUGCUCUCUUCUUUAUUGGUAACCAGCUGGUGCCCACAAGUCACACAGGGAAAGUGGGAGUGUGGAAUGCGGUCACUCAGCACUGGCAGGUUCAAGAUGUUCCUAUAACUAGUUAUGACACUGCUGGGUCAUUCCUUCUCUUGGGAUGUAACAAUGGAUCAAUAUAUUACAUAGACAUGCAGAAGUUCCCCUUGCAAAUGAAAGAUAAUGAUCUUCUUGUGACUGAACUUUAUCAUGAUCCUUCAAAUGAUGCUAUCACUGCUCUGAGUGUUUACUUCACACCCAAAACAAGUGUCAGUGGUAACUGGAUUGAGAUUGCCUAUGGUACAAGCUCUGGAGCUGUACGAGUGAUUGUACAACACCCAGAGACAGUUGGGUCAGGUCCUCAGCUUUUUCAGACUUUCACUGUUCACCAAAGUCCUGUUAUAAAAAUUAUGCUAUCAGAGAAGCAUCUUGUAUCAGUCUAUGCAGACAACAAUCAUGUUCAGAUGUGGACAGUAACACGAUUCAGAGGAAUGAUCUCUACUCAGCCAGGUUCUACUCCUUUCGCAUCUUUCAAGAUACUGUCACUGGAGGAGACAGAAAGUUAUGGUGGCUAUUCCUCUGGAAAUGACAUAGGGCCUUUUGGAGAGCGAGAUGAUCAACAAGUGUUUAUCCAGAAAGUUGUUCCUAUCACUAACAAACUAUUUGUAAGACUUUCUUCUACUGGGAAAAGAAUAUGUGAGAUCCAAGCUGUUGACUGUACGACAAUAUCCUCGUUCACAGUGAGGGAAUGUGAGGGGUCCAGUAGGAUGGGCUCCAGGCCAAGGCGCUACUUGUUCAUGGGCCACACAAAUGGCAGCAUUCAGAUGUGGGACAUGACCACUGCUAUGGACGUGGUAAACAAAAGCGAAGACAAGAAUGUAGGUGGCCCUACUGAAGAGGAGCUCCUCAAACUCUUGGACCAGUGUGACCUGAGCACAUCUCGCUGCACUACCCCUAACAUCAGCCCUGCAACUUCUGUGGUCCAGCACAGCCGCCUGCGGGAAUCAAACUCGAGCCUUCAGCUUCAGCACCAUGAAACUAUCCACGAAGCAGCUACUUAUGGUUCCAUCAGGCCUUACAGAGAGAGUCCUUUGUUAGCAAGGGUAAGAAGGACUGAGCGCUUUCACAGUUAUAGGGACUUCCAGACUAUUAAUUUGAACAGAAAUGUAGAAAGAGCUGUGCCUGAAAAUGGUAACUUGGGUCCAAUACAAACUGAAGUCAAAAGGGCAACAGGGGAAUGUAGUACAUCUGAGAGAAAGUCCCCUGGCACAGAAACGAAAAGUUUGAGAGAAUUAGAUAGUGGGUUGGAAGCACACAAAACAGCUGAAGGUUUUUCAGAAUCCAAGAAAAGGUCAUCAGAAGAUGAAAAUGAAAAUAAAGUGGAGUUAAGGAAGAAAGGAGAAUUUGAAGGGGGAGGGUUCCUUGGAAGAAAGAAAGUUCCCUACCUGGUGUCAUCACCAAGCACUUCUGAUGGAGGAACUGACUCGCCAGGUGCUGUCCCGUCUCCUACAAAGACCACUCCAUCUCCACGGCAUAAAAAAAGUGAUUCUUCAGAUCAAGAGUACAGCUUAUGA